GUGACGCGCCCGGGGUUUGUUGACAGCGGAGGCGGCGGCGGCGGCUGCGGGCUCCGAGCCUCGGAGCCGGAUCGGGGGAGGGGCCGGGCCCCGGAGCCAGCACCCGGCGGCCCUCGGCCCCGCCCGCAGCCUUCAGGGCCAGGCCCCGGCACCCCCAUGAUCCUGUGAGUGCGGGACUCGCCAUUGCCCCUGGGGGCCCCCCCCACCGUGGAGUGACCUCCCCCAGCCCUCUCCAAGAUGGCGUCCGACACCCCUGAGUCCCUGAUGGCCCUCUGCACCGACUUCUGCCUGCGGAACCUGGACGGCACCCUGGGCUGCCUGCUGGACAAGGGCACCCUGCGGCUGCGCCCUGACAUCUUCCUGCCCAGCGAGAUCUGUGACCGGCUCGUCAAUGAGUACGUGGAGCUGGUCAACGCCGCCUGCAGCUUCGAGCCUCACGAGAGCUUCUUCAGCCUCUUCUCCGACCCCCGCAGCACCCGCCUGAGCCGCCUGCACCUGCGGGAGGACCUGGUGCAGGACCAGGACCUGGAGGCCAUCCGCAAGCAGGACCUGGUGGAGCUGUACCUGACCAACUGCGAGAAGCUGUCGGCCAAGAGCCUGCAGACGCUGCGGAGCUUCGGGCCCACGCUCGUGUCCCUGAGCCUCUAUGGCUGCGCCAACAUCUUCUACGAGGAGGAGAACCCAGGGGGCUGCGAGGACGAGUGUCUGGUGAACCCCACCUGCCAGGUGCUGGUCAAGGACUUCACCUUUGAGGGCUUCAGCCGCCUGCGCUUCCUCAACCUGGGCCGCAUGACCGACGGCGUGCCCGUGGAGCCCCUGCUGCGGCCACUGCGUGCGCUGGCCGCCCUGGACCUGUCGGGCAUCCAGACGAGCGACGCAGCCUUCCUGACCCAGUGGCAGGACAGCCUGGUGUCCCUCGUGCUCUACAACAUGGACCUGUCGGACGAUCACAUCCGUGUCAUUGUCCAGCUGCACAAGCUGCGACACCUGGACAUCUCCCGAGACCGUCUCUCCAGCUACUACAAGUUCAAGCUGACUCGCAAAGUGCUGAGCCUGUUCGUGCAGAAGCUUGGGGACCUCAUAUCACUGGACAUCUCUGGCCACAUGAUCCUGGAGAACUGCAGCAUCUCCAAGAUGGACGAGGAGGGAGGGCAGACCAGCACGGAACCAUCCAAGAGCAGCAUCGCCCCCUUCCGGGCUCUCAAGAGGCCGCUGCAGUUCCUGGGGCUCUUCGAGACCUCCCUGUGCCGCCUCACGCACAUCCCGGCCUACAAGGUGAGUGGGGACAAAAACGAGGAGCAGGUGCUGAACGCCAUCGAGGCCUACACGGAGCACCGGCCCGAGAUCACCUCGCGGGCCAUCAACCUGCUCUUCGACAUCGCGCGCAUCGAGCGCUGCACCCAGCUGCUGCGGGCCCUGAAGCUGGUCAUCACGGCCCUCAAGUGCCACAAGUACGACAAGAACAUCCAGGUGACGGGCAGUGCGGCCCUCUUCUACCUGACCAACUCGGAGUACCGCUCGGAGCAGAGCGUCAGGCUGCGGCGGCAGGUCAUCCAGGUGGUGCUGAAUGGCAUGGAGUCCUACCAGGAGGUGACGGUCCAGCGGAACUGCUGCCUCACCCUGUGCAACUUCAGCAUCCCCGAGGAGCUGGAGUUCCAGUACCGCCGCGUCAACGAACUCCUGCUCAGCAUCCUCAACCCCACGCGGCAGGACGAGUCCAUCCAGCGCAUCGCCGUGCACCUGUGCAAUGCCCUGGUCUGCCAGGUGGACAACGACCACAAGGAGGCUGUGGGCAAGAUGGGCUUUGUGGUGACCAUGCUGAAACUGAUUCAGAAGAAGCUGCUGGAUAAGAUCUGUGACCAGGUGAUGGAGUUCUCUUGGAGCGCCCUCUGGAACAUCACAGACGAGACCCCCGACAAUUGCGAGAUGUUCCUCAAUUUCAAUGGCAUGAAGCUCUUCCUGGACUGCCUGAAGGAGUUCCCAGACAAGCAGGAGCUGCACCGGAACAUGCUGGGUCUCCUGGGCAACGUGGCGGAGGUGCGGGAGCUGCGGCCCCAGCUCAUGACGUCACAGUUCAUCGGGGUCUUCAGCAACCUGCUGGAGAGCAAGGCCGACGGGAUCGAGGUGUCCUACAACGCCUGCGGGGUCCUGUCCCACAUCAUGUUCGACGGGCCCGAGGCCUGGGAGAUCUGCGAGCCGCAGCGCGAGGAGGUGGAGGAGCGCAUGUGGGCGGCCAUCCAGAGCUGGGACAUCAACUCGCGGAGGAAUAUCAAUUACCGGUCCUUUGAGCCCAUCCUGCGCCUCCUCCCGCAGGGCAUCUCGCCUGUGAGCCAGCACUGGGCCACCUGGGCGCUCUACAACCUCGUGUCUGUCUACCCGGACAAGUACUGCCCCCUGCUGGUCAAGGAAUGCGGCCUACCCCUGCUCAGGGACGUGAUCAAGAUGAGCACGGCGCGGCCAGAGACCAAGGAGAUGGCCCGCAAGGUGACGGAGCACUGCAGCAACUUCCAGGAGGAGAGCAUGGACACUUCCAGAUAGAGGGUCUGCCCCGGCCCCCCCGCUGGCCACCACGGCGCUGCCCCAGACCAGGGACACAGGGGACUUUGCACAACUGACGCUUUUCUUUAACUUUAGUGAGAUAUAUAUAUAUUAUAUAUAUAUUAUUUUUUUUUGUUAGGAAGUGUGAAGUUUUGUGUGUACGAAUUCUGUACAAAAAAAACAAAAAACAAAAAAAAAAAAAACAAACGUGACAUUCCCUGAGUCCUCGCAGCUUCCUCGGCUUCGCUCCAGCCCGACUUAAGCCUUCGUCACUGCCUCACGCCCCUUCCCUCCCC